AUGUCCAUGUUCCGGCGCGAAAGCUUUGCAUCACCGAGGACUGAAAGGGUGCGUGCUCUUCGGGAGCCAACAACUCUGGAACUGCGCGAGCGCUUUUCCGCCCUGUUUGCACACUUGGGAAAGGAGGAGGAGACGCUGAAGAGUUUGAUGUCUCAGAAUGAACAUGCUGAGAGGCAGUUGCAAGAUCUUCGGCAUUGUAAGCUUCCACAAGGCUUCAACCGUUUCGACCAUGAGGCGUCGGAACUUCGACAAGAGGCCUUGUUGGCUGAGCAGCGAUGUGCCCUGCAAAGUGGUGAGGCCGGGGCGUUGGCCGCUGCAGCUGCUACCUAUGAGCGCCAGAGUGCCCGAUUGCAGGAGCGCUGCCAGGCAGAAGCCAGCCAAGAACGUGCUGCAACCGAGUCCCUAGGACGGAGUGCCUCAGAAAUUCAGCAGCUGACCGCGGAAUGCCGUGAACUGAGCUCCAAGUUGGAAGGCAUGGAAGCCCAGCGUCAACGGGUUCUUCGAGAGCAGCAGCAGGUGCAGGAGCUUUCGAGGCAAACGGCAUUGCAAUCAAAGGAAGUGCAAGACCAAUUGGGGGAGCAGAGGUUGAAAGCACAGAAGUUGCAAGAUGAGGUUGCUAGAGGACGUCAAGACCUUGCAACCCUGGAGAAGCUUGUAGCAUCCAAGCAGACCGAGUUGCAUCAGUCCAAGCGCUUGCUGGCUGAGGAAAGAGAGGCGGCCUCGCAUAGUGAAUCCCGUCUCCGUGAGACUGUGGGGAAGAAGACACGGUAUGAAGAAGAGCUAAGUGCCCUCAACGCCCAGCUGGAGCAAGCCCGGAAGGAAGGUUGCGAUCUCCAGGCAUCCUUCGACGAAACCUGUCGCGAGGCGAAGCUGUUGCAAGAGAGGCUGCGCAGCGAGGAGCAACGCCAUCGAAGUGAGUUGGACGCCGCUGAGGCCUCCAAGGCGCAGAAGGAACGUCUGGAGGCUGAGUUGAAAGGAGCUGAAGGUGCCAAGAUGGAUGCAGAAAAAGAGCUGGGAGAUCUCCGGAAACUCGCAGCAGAUUUGGCUGACCACUGCUCCUCGCAACGCAGAUGGAGAGACGAACAACUGCAGAAGCAAGCGGCUAAUGAGCUUGCAUCUGAGCGAUUGAGGAAGGAGAUUCAGCAAUUACAUGCUGAACAAGAAAGAUUACAACAGGAAGCCAAGCUGACCAUGCACAAACGCAACCGCUUAGAAGUUGAGCUGCAGGUGGCCAGGCCUGCCUUGGAUGAUGCUCGUCGCCGAUGCAAGGACUUAGAGGGCCGAUUGGUGAGUCGUGUGCGCGAGCUCAGUGACGAAUCAGAGCGGCUAAGGCGAUUGCAGCAUGAAGCGGACGCCAAGGCACGCUUAGCUGCCAUGGAUCAAAGUGGUCAGAGCAGCUUCAGGGGGCCGAAGCUUGAAGAGCUUUCCUCUCCGAGGGCCUUCCGUUUGCAACAAAGUCAGCCAAAGAACUACAGCCCUGGCAGCCCUCCAGUCCUGCAGGCAUCGCCUGCUUUGCAGGAGCCUCGCAGAGACACCAGUGGGAGACUUGGCAAGUUGGAGUUCGCAACUUACAGUCCGCCCAGCCCACCAGUGAUGCAAGGUGCCCCAUAUCCCACCUUGAAGGAACCUCGAGGUGAUAUGAGUGGGGGAAGAUUGAGCAAGGUCAGUUCACCUCCUGGGACCCUUGGAACAUCCAUAGCUGUAGCUGCACCAUCUGCACCGCUCCCAGCACAGCUAAUACCUAGCAGUAUGGAUACGGUGCGCUUCCUUUGCGACUAUGUUGCCAAAGAGGAGGCCAGACUAGGAGCUUGGCGGCUCCUGCAUGGAGAGGCUCCGAGCUUGACAGCACCGGAGCAGAGCUCAUCGAUUAAGAGCCGGAGUGCGGCUGCUUCCCAGGUUCUGCAGCUGCAGCAACAUCGAGUCGAAGCAGAUGUGCAUCACUUCACUGCAGCAAUCGUAGGUGCAUCAUGGAGCUUCGCCUUGCAGAUGAUGCAGCGGAUGGCAGAGCUGUCGGUGGACCUCGAUGUCGUGGUCUGCAAUGCUGCGCUGAGCGCUUGCGGGAGAGGUCAAGCAUGGACCAGGGCAAUGAAUCUUCUGCGGCUCGCCCGAGCGUCGUUGCGUCCAGACGCCAUCAGCUUCAACACGGCGAUGGUGAGCUGUGCUUGGCCCGCAGCACUCAGAUCUACCAUGGCAUCACUGGGCUGCCAACCAGACAUGGUCACUCAGAACACAGAGGCAGCAAGUUGGGUCCGUCGGGGACAGUGGCGGCUGGCCCUGCGAAAACUGUUCAAGAAGGCGGUGUUUCGCCUCGGAGUUUCUGGCCUGGAUACCUUCAGCCUGACAAUUGCCACCUCAGCUUGUGAGGAGGCGAAAUCGUGGAGCAAAGCCUUAGGUAUCUAUGCUCUUUCGCAUCUUUCUCAUGCCAGAGGAGACAAGCUACUCCCAAGCACCAAUGCAGCAAUGUCUGCGUGCACUUCGCAGGGCUGCUGGCCUGUUGCACUUGAAAUCCUGCAACACAUGCAGAGAUCAAGGUGUCGCGGUGAUGCAAUUACCCUCGGUCAAUGCGCACGAAGCUUCCAGCUGGCAAUCCUGUGGCUGAACGCGUUGGAACUCCUGGAAGGUGAAGGUCACUUUUUUGAUGAACAGAUUGCGAACUUAGUGAUUCAGUCAUGUGCUUUGUCAAGGCACUUUUCUUCGGUCUUCCGCGUUUUGAAGUAUGGUGAUGCCAAGGGGCUGUCGAUGGCUGUGGCGUCGGCUCCAUGGACCUUGGCAUUGGCCAUGUUGCUGCACUCUUCUGGGAGCAGGUUGCCCAAGUCAACUGUGGCCUUCAAUUCUGGCAUCUCUGUUUGCAAGGCGUCGCGCUGGCCGUUUGCCAGCGAACUGCUACAAAUGAUGUCACAAUGCACGUUGAGAUUGGACAACUUCUCUUUCCAUGCUGCAGCGGACCUGAGCCAGAACUCCAAGUGGAUGGUGGAAUAUGAUACAUGGGCAUUCAGCCUUUCCCUGCUUGACAUGAUGAAACAGAUGCUUGUGGAGCAGGAUUUGAUCACACAGGGGGUCAAUAUGUCAGUGCUUGCAGAGAGCAAAUUGUGGGAAGAAGGACAGCUACUGCUGGACCUUAUGCGAUCACAGCGAAUUCUUCCAGAUCUCCUGGUUUGCAGCUCUGCCAUCAGCGCUUGUGCAUCAAGCCCUGGCCGCUGGAUGAGAGCCCUGGAAGUUACGGCCCUGGCUGACUCAGUGGAUAGGAUCACCUGCUGUGCUCUGAUGGACGCCACCAGCGGCGUUUUCGGAGCUUGGAUCAGGGGACUGCAGGUCUAUUCAACUAUGCUGCGACAGAAGCUUCGACUUGAUGCGCGGAGCUGCAGCGCAGCCUUGCAGUGCAGCGGCAGCAGCAUGGCCUGGUGCUCAGCCCAGGAGAUCUUGCGGCAGAUGUUGGCUUUGUCCUUCAACGAAAAUGAGAUUGCCGUUGAUACCCUGAUCCGUUGCUACAAGAAAGCCAUUGACCCAUGGCCGCUGGCUGUAGACCUCCUGACAACGAGCUACACAUGGAGCUUUCCGCUGAGGGACUGCAAGAGUGGGGCUGUUGCGGCCUGUGAAGCCGCCUCAGUGCCCUCUGUCCAAAUGGACAGCCAAGUAUCGUGGAUGACCAAUUCGGUGAAUCCUUUGGCGACUUGA